CGGAAAGAGCCAAGGCACAUGGUGUUAAUGGUCCCGCUAUGGAGAGGUCGGAGCAGGGCACGCGGGGAGACCAAAGCCACAGCCAAUGCUGGGCCUGGCCGGAGGACCAAGGGCACCUCGGCCCGGAAGAGCGGGACCGCCCUGUUCUCUCGCCACAGACCCAGCCGCAGCCCAGGAACGGGCUGAGCCUGAGCCUGCUGCCGCCUGAGCUUCUCCUGGCCGUGCUGAGCCGCUUGCCCCCGCGCGUGCUGCUCAAGCGCUGCCGCCAUGUGUGCCGCACCUGGAGGUCCCUGGUGGACAGCAAGGCCCUGUGGCUGCUGAUGCUGGCCCGGGACCACAGCGCGUCCGGCCGCGCCCUGCUGGCGCUCGUCCGCAGCUGCCUGCCCCCUGCCGGCGACGCCACACCCGGCCCUCUCAUCCCCUUCUGCUCGCUCAGACCUGUUGGACGAAACCUCAUCCGCAACCCCUGUGGACAAGAAGGCCUCCAGAAGUGGAGUUUCCAACACAGUGGGGAUGGCUGGGUUGUGGAGAAUAACUUGAUACCAGUGCCUGGGGCGCCUUCUCAGACCUGCUUUGUCACCUCAUACCGUUGGUGUUCAAAGAAGCAGAUCCUGAACCUGGAGGCCGAGGGCCUGUGGCCAGAACUGCUGGACAGUGGCAAGAUUGACAUCUGUGUCUCAGACUGGUGGGGAACCCGACAUGAGUGUGGCGGUAGGUACAAACUCCUUGUACAACUUCUAGAUGCCAACAAGACCAUCCUACACGAAUUCUCUGACAUGCGUGUCACCAUUGCACACCCGAACAGCAUGUACUUUCAGGUCACCCACGUCUUCUCCAACAUCAAGGUGGGCGUCCGUUUUGUGUCUUUUGAACACGCAGGUAAGGACACGUUGUUCUGGGCCGGCUACUAUGGAACCCGCAUGACCAACUCCAGCGUGACCGUGCGAGUCAGCCAGCCCUAGUCAAGGGUGCUCUUCCUGCAAGCCCGCCUGGCUGUGCCUUCCAGGAGCCAGAGCCAUUGGCCGGGACCCCUCACUAAGCAAAUGUUUGUUCCUCAAUCACACACUGGGGACUCCAGUCUUCAGGCUCUGCAACUACUGAAAAAGGGGCUUCCAUCGGAUCUACCCGCUGCUAAGAUGCUCCACUUAGCCAAGACCCCCAGUGUGCAUGGGGCAUGCUGGUCCUGGAGAGGGCAUCUUACCUGCCCUCAUCCCUCCCAGCAUCCCUUGCCACAGCCCAAGUCCCUCUGCCUGAGCCUGAGGUUGGCCUCAUCCGUUUCUGCUUCACACACUCUCCUGGUGCCUUCAGAGAAGCCUCCACUUACCACUAAACUUAGCUUGGUCACCUUUAACUACCAAGUUCUAGCCACGCCAUGUAAUGAACUCCACCUCCUGGGGCUUCCUAGCCUUCCCUAGCGAGGACUGAGGAGCUCUUCAGGCCCAGCCUGAUCCUGGAGAACUUCUAUAAUGCACAAUAUUUUAAAAUAUUUUGUUUUUCAUUUUGAUAUUUUUUUUCAAACAGCCAAUAAUCUGUCAGUAUCAUGCAUCUACUGAUUAUGUGCAAUACAUUUCUAAUUUUGGCAAAGUUACUUCA